UUUUAGUUUCUCAAAAAAAAUAUAUGUACAGUAGACAGUAAAAUAUUAUGCUGGAGUAAUGGAAGUGAUAAUUUUAACAUUUAUUUUAUCUCUAUGUGGACUGCAAGCAUCUGCCCAGAUCGAUCUUUCAAAAUGUGGUAAUACUCUGGGCUGCAUACGCCUUCCACCCAGUUGUUCAGCUUCGGCCUGUGAUGCCAUAGUAACUCAUCAACUUGACAAUGGCACCUUAACCUUCCAAUUUGCAACAAAACAUAAUUGGAUUGGUUUUGGCCAGAAAUCCGCAACCGAUGGGCGAGGAAUGGCUAAAUUACGAGGUCAAUAUUGUGCGAGAGGUAUCUCGGUUCCAUUUGGAAGUUUUAAUGCAUCUGGUAACCGUGAGCCAAAUUGGAUGGAGGUGGUUGAUGGUGUCGUAUUAAUAAACAGAACUGAAAAAGAUGACGUUUUAACUUGCACAUUUACAAGACCGCUUGUGCCGUCCAACUUAAGUAAAGAAGCCUUGUACAAUCUAAACGUGUCUGAUAUGGUUGGUUUUUUAGCAUACGGAAAUAAUAAUGGUAGAGCUGAUUAUCCAAACAAACAUUUAAAAACAAGUGUAACAAAUGGUGCUGUUGACUUUCUUAGCACUGAUUCUCCAACUACAGCAGCUACAACUACUCCUGUUGCAAUGACGACGCCUAUGACCAAUGCUACAAUGUCUACUACUCCUCGAAUUACUCCAAUGACAGAAAUGAUAACUAUCGAUCUAUCAGAAUGUGGUAAUACUCGGGGCUGCAUACGCCAUCCACCCAGUUGUUCUGCUUCAGCCUGCGAUGCCAUAAUAACAUAUCGACAUUACAAUGGCACAUUAACUUUCCAAUUUGCAACAAAGCAUAAUUGGAUUGGUUUUGGCCAGAAAUCCGCAACCGAUGGGCGAGGAAUGGCUAAAUUACGAGGUCAAUAUUGUGCGAGAGGUAUCUCGGUUCCAUUUGGAAGUUUUAAUGCAUCUGGUAACCGUGAGCCAAAUUGGAUGGAGGUGGUUGAUGGUGUCGUAUUAAUAAACAGAACUGAAAAAGAUGACGUUUUAACUUGCACAUUUACAAGACCGCUUGUGCCGUCCAACUUAAGUAAAGAAGCCUUGUACAAUCUAAACGUGUCUGAUAUGGUUGGUUUUAUAGCAUACGGAAAUAAUAAUGGUAGAGAUGAUUAUCCAAACAAACAUUUCGCCACAAGUGUAACAGAUGGUGCUGUUGACUUUCUUAGCACUGCGACCGCUACUACACCUACUACUCCUGUUGUAAUGACGACCUCUACGAGAGAAAUGUCAACUAUUGAUCUAUCCAAAUGUGGUAAAACUCUGGGCUGCGUUCGCCUUCCUGAAAAUUGUUUAGUUUCAGGUUGUAUCGCCAUAGUAACUUAUCAACUUAACAAUGAUGUGUUAACCUUUCAAUUUGCAACAAAACAUAAAUGGAUUGGUUUUGCACAGAAGUCGGGAGGUGGUGAAGGAAUGGCGGACUUGAGAGGUCAGUAUUGUGCUGAUGGUAUUUCAGUUCCAUUUGGAAGUUACGUUGCGUCGGGUAACGGUGUGCCAGAUUGGAGAAAUGUGGUAGACGGAGUCUCAUUGAUCGACAGACGUGUAAAAGAUGGCCUUCUAAUUUGCUCAUUCACAAGACCGCUGGUGCCAUCCAAUUUGAACAGCGGUUCACUUUAUAAUCUGAAUAUGUCAAAUAUGUUUGGAUUUCUCGCAUACGGAAAUAGAAUUGGUCCUUCUUAUCCGCGUAAACAUGAUAGUACCAGUAUUACAGAAGAAGCUAUCAACUUUUUAAUCAGUAAUAAUGUAGGGUCUGCGGUCGGAAGAAAUGCAAAUAGUACUGUAAAGCUUCAUGCUAUUCUUAUGAUCCUUGCGUGGGUGCUGUUUGCUACCAUUGGGAUAUUUAUGGCUCACUUUAUGAAGCCUGCUACGCAAAACAAGAAGAUUGCUGGCAAGCAAGCUUGGUUCCCAUUCCAUGUGUUGUUGAUGUUUCUUUGUGUGGUUUCUUUCAUCGCUGGACUGAUUAUUAUUCUAACGAAAUAUAAUAAGAUUGACAAGGAAAACAAACACCACAUGUUGGGAUUGUUCACCGUUAUAGCAGGUUUAAUCCAGCCUGUUAUGGCAUUCUUCAGACCUGGUCCGGAUCAUGACAGGCGCUUUAUCUUUAAUUGGGCUCAUCGAUUGGUUGGAAUCCUUGCAUGGUGUCUCGGAGCUGCUGCGAUCAUCUAUGGUUUCGAAUUUUUCAAAGAAGGAAACCCAAAAAUCGAAGAAGGCGUUAUGAUCGCUUUCGUAUCUAGUGUAGUUUCGAUAUUCAUUGUUUUGAACCUUAUCUUGUUACUGGUACGGAGGGACGGUAAUGAUUCUGUUUCAUACGGAAAAAGAAGUGGUGUAGUUGAAAUCAGCAAACCACAACAACAACAAGGAAGAAGUCACGCUGUUGAGUGGAUAUUUUUGUUGAUUAUAAUCGUUUUAUCUGUUGCCAUGGCAGCAUAUCAUGUAUACAGAGUCGUUGAUUUACGCGAAGCUAGGAGUUAAAUCUGUUCACUUUGGCAUUGGAUUGAGGGAAAUGGACUCGUUUUGAUGAUGUUCCUUGAUGAGGGUCUCCUGAUCAGUAAUAUAAAUGGCUAAAUUAAUGAGAGAAAUGAUUUAUGUCAGAGUAGGGGUGGUUGGCUAGUGAUUGGACUAGCUACAUAAUUUUUCCUGAUACAUUUUGAUACAUUUAAUAUAGUAAUAAAAUUUUUCAUUUCUAUAUCAAGUAUACCAAUUAUUAUGAAAGAAAAGGGUGGUUAUGUUUUUUAAGGGAAGAAAUUUUGGAAAAAAUUGGUAUUUGACGACUGGAAUUGCACCCAUGAAAUAAUCAGCUUAUAUUCUUGUAUUUUUUUACAUUAUAUUUUUUUGUACACUAUUUUUAUAUGGUAGACGAAGGAAAAUGAUAUUGCCGUGAGAAGUAUUACCGAUUGCGUGACCUUUAGGUUUAAUUGGUUGAUAAUAAAAAGAAUUUUUUUUAUUGCGAAUAUGGCGUAAUUAAGUCAACGAAAAAAAUAGACUUUAAUUUACUUUCAAUAAAGGGACAAAAUGCCUUCUACCUGUUUGAUGAAUAGUUCUAAACUUGUGCUAUAAUAAAUAUAUGGGCAUUAUAAAAUAGUAUUUGGUUCAAUUCCCCAAAUUAUCUUCCGUGCAUAUUUCCUAUUUGGACAGGUUUCACUGUUGUGUAUAUUAUGGUGUUUUGAUUAUUAUACCUACAUAAUUUAAACUUACAGGACGCAUUGCUUAUAAAUUAGUAAUAACACGAUCAUAUUUAUCUAUUUUUCUAUUAAACUUGUCAUAUUUGUAAGUAAAAAUUUAACACGAUAUAUUUUUUUAUCGCACAUUGUAAGUCUGUAUGUGAUGUCUUUCGAUGCUGGUACAAACAUGAUUUUUUUAUCUUAGUGUGAACGGAAAGGAAGUAUUGAAAAUAAAUAUUUUGCGGAACGUACUAAAUGUGGAAUUUAUAUUUGGUAUUGUAAUCUCUUAUAAAGUCAAGAUUACCAAGCUUCCUUAAAGCUUCACAGUCCUCCUCAUUUUCGACUCUAUAAAAAGAAUGGCAACCCUGGAAGAAAAUAGAAACUGUUUCUGUCUUAAAAUUCAUUUUUUAAAUCGUAUUUACACGACUGAAAUAUAUUUUUGUUUAUGUGCUCCAACGAUCUCUUGGAUCACGUGUAUAAUGAAAAGGGAACAACGCGAUAUUUUCUUUUACAAACGAUA